AUGCCCCUAUCCCUACCUCCUCUUCUCCGCAAAGAGAAGAAGAAGAGUGGGAAGAGAAGCAAAGGAGUGAAGCUUUCGACCGACCCACAAAGCGUGGCGGCGAGGGAAAGGCGGCACUGGAUCAGUGACCGGUUCAAGAUCUUGCAGAGCUUGGUUCCCGGCGGGAGUAAGAUGGACACGGUGUCCAUGUUGGAAGAGGCCAUCCACUACGUUAAGUUCCUCAAGACUCAGAUAUGGCUUCAUCAAACCAUGAUCAACGUUGUGGAUGAUCAGGACCCUUCAUCUUCCUUCCUUGCUGCUGCUGCUGCCGCUGAUCCUGCUAAUUCUUUUCCUCUUCCUCCCCAGCAGCCCUUUUAUGCUGAUAACUGUUUAGUGGACACGUCACCGCCGGUUCCAUUGCCGAAUUCUUGCUUCCAAUCUGAAGAAACCGUGUCUUUUGACCCUUUUGUCAAAUACUAG